UCGACACCUAUCGUUAUCGAGCGAAAUCAGCUGAAAUUGUUUGGAUUACGAGAUUGUAAAUAGAAAUAUUGAAAUUACAUUUUUUGGCUGUGAAAUCGUAAAAUUAUGGCGUUCCUACUGCGACAAGUGGCCAGGAGCGGAUUGCAAAGAAAUCUUAUCCUAAUGCGGCAUGCCUCCGCUUCCACAUCCGCUAAUCCAGAACUUAGUGUCCAGGUAAGCGAGAGCUGCUUGAAGCGACUCCGUGAGAUCUGCGUGGAUGGAUCCUUCCUGCGUGUGACCGUGGAAGGAGGCGGAUGCUCCGGCUUUCAGUACAAAUUCGAUUUGGAUAAGCAGCUGAACGAGGAUGACCGGCAGUUUGGCGAGGCUGAGGCCAAGGUGGUGAUUGAUACCGUCUCGCUGGAGUACUGCAGCGGCGCCACCGUAGAUUACCACAGCGAACUAAUACGCGCCGGUUUCCGGAUGGUGGCCAAUCCGCUGGCGGAACAGGGCUGCUCCUGCGGCUCCUCCUUCUCAAUCAAAUUGUAAACUUUAAACUUUAGAGAAUUAUUUAAUACACAUAGAAUGUUCAGUUAUA